AUGAUGAACCUUAACCCCCAUCUUCAGUAUUUGCAACAGCAACAACAACAACUGCAAGGCCAACAACAAUCAGUUCAACAGCAACAACCACAGGCUGGCCAAACCCAGUCGGGCCAGUCACCUCAAUUAAGUCAAUUACAAUUACAGCAAUUACAAAGACAACAGUUAUUACAACAACAGACCCUGCAACUGCAACCACAAAUAACCACACCUACUUCAGCUAACCCAUUAUUGGCAAUUUUGAAUGGAGGAAGUGCAAAUUCAAAUACCACAUCAACCCCAGGCAGUUUAUCCUCAAAUCCAGUAUUACAGCAAUUACAAUUACAACAGCUUCAACAACAACAACAGCAACAGCAGCAACAACGACAACGACAACAGCAACAGUUGCAACAAGCACAGUUCCAACAAUUACAAGCUCAGCAAAUCCAACAAGCUCAACAACAGCAGCAACAACAACAACAAGUACAACCAGUUGCACCACAGUCAAUUCCUAUUAUUAAAGAAGUUUGGGCUCAUAAUUUAGAACAUGAGUUUCAAUCAUUAAGGACAUUUAUAAAUGACAAAACUUCCAAGAUUUAUAUUUCUAUUCAUCAAGAAAUUCCUGGGAUUGUAGCUAGGCCCGUGGGUACUUUUAAAUCAUCAUCUGAUUAUCAUUUUCAAACUUUAAGAACAAACUCGGAUUUACUAAACUUGAUUCAAUUAUCAUUAUGUGUUGUUAAAAUUACUAAAAAUGAUGUUAUAAGUUCUUCUAUUAUAUGGCAAUUCAAUUUCUUGUAUGAUUUGUCUAAAGAAAUGUACAAUGAAGAACAUUUAUCUUUAUUAUCACAAAGUUCUCAAAUCAAUUUCCAAUUACAUUCAACUCAAGGUAUUCCACAUUUCGAUUUUUCUGAAUUAAUGAUUGAGAGUGGUUUGAUUUUAGAUGAUAAUAUAAACUGGAUUUCUUUCCAUGCUGGAUAUGACUUGGGUUUCUUUGUAAGUUUAUUACUGAAUCGUGAUUUACCAGUUGAUGAACCUGAUUUCUAUUGGUGGUGUGGUAAAUAUUUCCCAAACUAUUAUGAUUUGAAAUAUAUUGGUAAUCAAAUUUUGAAUAAAAACUCUGGUCUAACCAAUGGUACAAAUACCCCAGAUGAUAAAAGUAAUAGUAACAAUAAACCAUCAAUUGAAUAUUUAGCUGAAGAAUUGCAUUUGUUACCAAUUUCUCCAGCUAUUCGUCAACAUUUCACCAAUUCUUCAUCAACUGCUUCUAAUACAAAUGCAUCUUUCCAUUCUCAACAAUUAUCAUCUACUUUGCAUGCAUAUUUGUCAAUGGAAUGUUUUAAAGAAUUAUUAAGACGUUCAAAUAUAGCCGUAUUAAAUAGAUUUAAGGGGAUAAUUUGGGGAUUAGGAAGUUUUAAUGCCAAUGGAAGUACAUCGAAUGCAACAACUAAUACAUCCACAUCUGUCAAUAAUGAUGAUUCUUUCACUGCUACUACUGCAGCAGCUAUUAGAAUGAAUGGUAUUUCAACCCCUUCAACUCCAGUUGCAAGUAUAAACAAGGGUGGAAUGGUACAUUUUGGUGGUAGAGUGUAA